AUACUCACUUCCGGUUAAAUGGCGAGGCCCAGUCGGUCAGAAUGUGAAACCUAAAGAUUUAUACUAAGAUAUCAGAUAUAGAGAAUGGAAGGACUGUGAAUGAAAUCGAAGGAAAAGCUUUCUGUUGGUCCCAUUUUGUCCAUUUACCCUGCCUGUAGAUGGAUUUCAUUGGUGUUGAGACAUAGCGAGGAGUCCUCUGCUAUGGAGAAAGGUACUGCUGGUUUGGGGUCAAUACCUCUCCCUACGAUGGACACCAUUCCUUUGCCUGAUGGUUCACCAACACCUUCAGCAAAGACAAAGGCAAGGAAGCCCAUUAAGUUAGUGAGAUAUGAUGUCAAUAAGGCGGAAUCACAAAUCCCUCUCCCAACUACAAAAAAAGACCCACCAAAGCCAGCCAAAGAGUUGAUUGCUGAAAAACUAAAUAAGAAAUCAAACUCUUCAAAUACAUUGAAGGAGAUAGACAGUAAGUGUUCGUCAAACGGCUCUAAUCCAGUCUCCAGUAACCACAGCUUGUCUAAGCUCAAACGUUCCUUAAUGCAAAAGGAAAGAAAUGUAGAAGGGCCUUUAGAACAGAGUAUUGUGGAUGAAAUGUUUAAAGAUUUUUUGGCAACAAAGAUGCAACAGAUUGAAUCUGAGUAUCAGGGUAAGGCUGAGGACAGAUUGUCGAGGGAUGGUCAGGCUGGGGAGGUUGCAUCAUCCGUUGAGGAAAUGAACAGACUUCUGGAUGACGAGUUGACGACAAUCUCGCAAAAUACUUCACAGAAGGAUGUCUGUUUACAGGAACAGUGUUCUCAAUCAACAGCCAGAGGAAAACAUAAAUUGGUGGAAGCAAAAUUAGAGUCAAAAAGCAAAAGAUCAAAAUGGGACAUGAAAGAGAAACAAGAAAAGGAUACAUGUAAAAACAAAUCAGCCUUUUCUAAACCACAGAUCAAAGCAGAAAAUGUUGUAUGUGUAAAAAGUACCAAAUUGUCUAAAGACAAAAUUUCAAAGUCUUCAUCUGAUCAGCAGAGUUGGAUCAAUAUUGAAUCCUCUGGAGUCUCCACAAAUGUGGAAAGUCUAAAGUCAUCCUUGUCAUCAUCCUCCAUGACAAAAGUCCAGGAAAUAUUAGUAUCAGCAACAGAAGGGACACCAACACUGCUGCCUGUCUCAGAUACAACGAAGACGGAAGAGGAAAGCAGAAAUGUUAAGACAAACAUAAACAUUGCACUCGCUGCUCAGUUUGGUAAAAAAAAUCCAGCAAAGAAACAAAUACCUCUGAAAAUCAGUCAAGUAAGUGCCGAGUUCAUUUCCUCUGGUGAGCAGACUGGAAAAGAAGCUGAAAGAAGAAAGGCCUUAGAAGACGGGGAAGUCAUAUCCUCAAAUGAAGAUGAUUCUGAGAAGCAAGAGUCGAAUGAUGAGGAUAGCGAGGAUGACGAGGAAAACAAUGCUGUCUCGGAGACAGGGUCACUAAGUAACUCGGACAAAGACACCAAAUCCUCCAAAUCUAAAAAGAAGAAAAAGAAGAAAAAUAAAAAGCACAAGAAGAAGAAAAAACACAAGAGUUCAAAAGACCAUGAAAAAGAUGAUACUAAACGAGACGAAUCUAAAAGGAAGCACAGAUCACCUUCUAGGUCAAGGUCACCAAAGAAACACAAGAGCUCAAGAUCUCCCAACAGAAGGAGUCGCAAAUCAAGGUCAAGGACACCAAAACGAUGGGAAGAUCACGGGUUUGAUGCAUAUGCCUACAGGGAAACUGGACGCAACAAAUCCAAGGACAGAGAUCGUGGUCGGGGCAGAUCUCGGGAUAGAUCAACAGAGAGAUCUCGGGAUAGAUCAAGAGAACGGACCAGGAACAGGUCAAGAGACAGAUGCAGGGAACGAGGACGACCUGACAGAAGGUCAAGAAGUAGGUCACUUGAGAAGUCUGCUGACCUCCGUGUGAAGAUUGACAAGGCUAAAUUAAGAGAAAUAGCCAUUAAGAAUGUUCUGGCGAUGGCGAAGUCUGGCCAUGGUCCUUCUGUAGAUCUUACCACUAUCAAGGCUGGAGGCACGUCGGUGGAUGAGCUCACAGACUUCUGUAAACGAAUAUCAUCUAAAGAAAAGAACAGAGGUACAGAAACCUUUCUGUCCUCAUCAGAAGAGGAAUCCGAUGCAGAUGAGAAGGAUGAGGAUGAAAGUUUUAUCCACCAUCCAUUUAAAGUGCGAGAUCCUUCUGCCAGUAUUGUGAUGAACAUCAGAAAUGCCAAACCCCUGCCCGUGCUGACACCUAAAGAAAAGAUCACGGAGCAGUCCAAGCUGAGGAUGCAGUUCCCUGUGUCUAGUGGCAGUGUUCACCGUCUGAAGGAGCCAGAGUGGGUCCCCGUACAGAAAACAUCGACCACCACCACCACUUUAGCCUUGAUGUCCAGUACACCAGCCACAGCAUCAUUUUCAGCCUCCCUCUCCACUUCUUUGACCAUAGCCAUCUCUAACCCCACGUCCACUGUUGCCAAAGACACCCCUCAGUUUGUACCCCCGCCACCACCCACAGACCCUCCACCACCACCAACCCCAGAGGAAAGAGUGUUCACAGAGCCUACCACUGUGCCAAUGGACAUUGGGACAAUUAUCUCCGAACGUCUCCUUGCUGUGAGGAAACUCCAGGAAAACCCCAAAGAUAUAUCAGCACUGAGCAACAUAGCUAAUGCACAGAAAAAGGCCAGUAUGUGGGCAACAUCCAAACAGUUACCAGGUCAGUUCAUGGGAUCUACUGGGGCACAGAUCCUUACCCCUGAAGAGCUGAUCGGCCCUGACAAAAGGCGCCAAGCCUGGGCCAAAAAGGACCAGUUUCAGAAGGCGGCACCAGUGAGCGGAGGUAUCGGCAUGGCCCUGCUACAGAAGAUGGGCUGGAAGCUGGGAACCGGCCUUGGAAAGAACAAUGAGGGUUCACUGGAACCACUAAAACUGGACAUAAAGACUGACCGCAAAGGUCUGACUUCACAAGAGGAACAUUCCAAGAAAGGACGAGGCCACCAUGGAGGGAAGGGCCAUGGUGGGGGUGCUGGAGGGGGAGGAGGGGGAAUCGUCACGCAUGAUCUCUCAAGUAAACACCCUGUGUCAGCCCUGAUGGAGCUAUGUAACAAAAGGAGGUGGGGGCCACCAGAUUUCCAGCUUGUGCAUGAAAGUGGACCAGACCAUAAAAAGCACUUCCUCUUCAAGGUGAUAAUAAAUGGGAAUUCCUAUCAGCCAUCCGUCGCAAGUAACAACAAAAAGAUGGCCAAGGCUUCAACAGCUGCUGCCUGUCUCCAGGAACUCGGCCUCAUUCCUCGCACUUGACCAUUUAAUGGUCUGUAACGUAAUUUCCCAAGUUACACCUCUCCAGGGGCCACGACAAAACUGGUUUUCAUCUAACACCUUGUUAUGUAUCUCACGACAGGCCACGAUGCUAGAUGUCG